AUGUCUGGGUCAAGCCUCAUUGAGCCAAAUCGAUGGGAGGAGAUUGUCGACCUUCCCCGACGCCUGUUCGAAUGGUGUGCUUGGCCAAAAGACACUCAAUCCGACCCCGUAUCGGCAGAUUGGCUGAUGGGGCUCUGGAUCAAAAUUCCAGCUGGGUCAUUUCUUACGGCGAGAAUACUUUGGAAGCAUGUACCCGUGGAAGAUCUCGUAGACCAGUCUGAGGGUGAAAUGCUCGAACUCCCACCAGACGUGAGAAAAAAGGCCAUGGAUUGCUGUCUGCAGUUCCGUCAGUUCGUGACAUACUGUACCGACAUCGAGGAUUAUGGUGGAACUAAGCCCAAGGAUUGGGAUUGGGAUAGGUUCGAUCUUGGUCCAUUCUUAACCAUUCGCAGCCUCCAAUUCACAAUUCGCCGGGAUAAAGAGAGACUAAACGAGUCUGACGAUACUCCUUCACUAGGAGCCAUAAACCACCUGUAA